UAUUGCUUAUUCGUAAUAUAAAUUAGGUUUACUGAUCAAUAUUUUACCAAGUUUAAAAAUAGUAGAAAAGCGAUAGCCUUUUUUCCUUCAAGGCCCAUUUCCGAUAUAGGAAACUUCAACCAUAGUGCUUCAAUUGUUUAGCAGUAGUUUGCAGUCCACUGCUGUUUGCGUAUAGUAGCUCGAAUUUUGUGAAUCCGAAUUUGUUUUCGGCCAUGUCCGCAACCACAUCGCAACAACGGGCUACAGAGGAAAGUUUCAGCAGCGAACCAAAUAAUGAAACUCCAGGGCCAAGUUCGCAAGUCGUUGAGCAAAAAGACGAAACCACGGAAGCUAAGAACAAUGAAUCUGCUCCCAGCACGCAGUCACCGGAAACUAAACUGGUCAAACACAACCUGAAAAAUGGAAGUAGCGAUACAUCAAAAUCAGAACGCGAAAAAAAGCUGAAACUUGACCGUGAGAAGCGAGCCAGGGAGAUGGCUUCAGCUUCAAAAGUCUGGUUGUCUAAGUCACCAAGAGGUCUUUCAUCAAGUGCAAAGAGGUUGCAGAAAGAACUGGCUGAUAUUACAUUGGAUCCUCCACCAAACUGCAGUGCUGGGCCAAAAGGAGACAACUUGUACGAGUGGGUUUCAACCAUUUUAGGACCUCCUGGCUCUGUAUAUGAGGGUGGGAUCUUUUUUCUUGACAUUCAUUUCACCCAGGAGUACCCAUUUAAGCCUCCCAAAGUUACGUUCCGUACUCGCAUCUAUCACUGUAAUAUCAACAGCCAGGGAGUAAUUUGCUUAGAUGUGCUGAAAGAUAAUUGGAGUCCAGCACUAACAGUUUCAAAGGUCCUGCUAUCAGUUUGCUCUUUACUUUCAGACUGCAACCCAGCUGAUCCGUUAGUUGCAAACAUUGCCACUCAGUAUUUCACCAACCGCGAGGAACAUGACAGAAUAUCACGGCAGUGGACACAGAAAUAUGCCACGUGAAUACUUGCAUCCUUUACUCCAUCCGAAUCAAAAGAACGCAUUUUGUAUAACAAUUCUAUACCGCCCUGUUCUUAGUUACGCAGAUACUUGUAGGUAACAAUGUUUGUUUAAUCCAGCUAUGUAUGUUGUUUUGGUUUCCUAUUGGUACUGUAACAUACCUGGCAGUUGUUUUGUUUUAAGAGCAUUUCACAAUUGAUUUUAAACGCCACUUAAAUUUUUACAACAUUUUUUGUAUUUGUUAAUAAUGAAAUAAAGGGACCAUGUUAAAAGGGAGCAUGUUAUACCUGAAUUUGCUAUCAAUGUACAUAAGUAAGUAACCUUACUUGGCUAGCAAUUAGGCACAUGUGAAGUUAAUCAACAUUCAAAGUGUGUUUCACAAAUGUAAAUGCCCAAAUUUGUAUGAAAUUCAUCUUGUUUUAAACACAUUCCUUUUUCGGUGUUGUUUUUCAACCUUUUUGUAUGGGUUAACAACUAACACAGUUCACUUUAGUGGCUCACGCUCACGCAUUUGCUUUUUUUCCUCCUUUCUGUGCAGUACAUCACAUGCAAUACAGCUUUAUGUACUUCAUUAG